CCCCGAGGCCCGGCCGAGGUCCAAACUGAGAGCAGGGCCCGCAUCGGUUGUCAUGGGGACGGCGGCGUAGGCAGGCGCUGACGUCGGCUGGAGGCGCGCUGCCCGCACUGCGGCACCCGGCGGGUGCUCAGAGCCUGGGAGGCUGGCGGUGGGGGUGCCUGGGUGGCCACCUCACUCCCAGCCCGCCCUGCAAGGUCCGGGCGGUGGCUCCCUAGGGACCCGCUGUCGGCAGCUCUGCGCCCUCUUCUGUGGUGUCAUCUUGGUGCUGAAUCUUGAACCUGUGAAAUGCCUUCUUAAUUACAUCUGAGAAAAGGAUCCUGACUGAAUCAGUGCUUUAUACUAUCACUCAAUACUCUCCAUAAAGCUGAGAUAUGCCCACUGUUGAGAGUGAAGCUAAAGUGAAGACCAGAGUUCGCUUUGAGGAGUUGCUAAAGGCCCACAAUGAUCUAAUGCGUGAAAGAAAAAAACUGAAGAAAAAAAUUGUCCAAUCUGGAGAAAAAAUCUCACUUGAUGCUGUUACAAGCAAUCUUCAGAAAAUCAGGGAAACUAAAAGUGAUGAUGUAACUGCUGUUAAUACUAAGAACCCAGAGAAGCACAUGCGAGUGACUAAAAACAAACCAAGGGAUCUGCAGUCAGCAACUGAAGAUCCAGAAAAUGAUGUUAGUGUGGAGGACACCAAGCAAGAAAAGGCAAGUAAGAAGGUUACGAAAACAGCGCUCCCGGUGACUGCACAGGAGAUGGAGCCAGAAGCUCCUGAGAAGGGAGAUGCAGCACCUCAGAAAACACAGACGAAGCCACAGCCUGGCGUCACUCAUGACAAAAGCGAAAAGGCCAAGGAGGAAGGAGAAAAGAAUAGUUUAGAUGAGGAACAACUGAUGCAAGUGUACCAGCUGCAAGUAGCUGAAGAAAUGGCAAAGGAGAUUAAGAAGAAAAUCCGAAAGAAACUCAAGGAGCAGUUGUCUUACUUUCCCUUAGAUUCUUCAUUGCAUGCUGACAAAUUGAGUGGUGAAAAAAGAAAAAAGAAAAAAAAGAAAGUUCCCAUCUUGUCUAAAUCUGAAACAAGUACAUCGAUCAUCUCUGAUGACCCAGUUGAAGGUGAACAAAAGAAAGAAUCUCCAGUUGAAGCAGUUACUUCAAAUACUCAUCAAGAUGAUGAAAUGAGCUCAAAGGAACAAAAUGUAGAAGACAACAUGCAAGAUGACACAAAAUCCAAACUGAAAAAAAAGAAAAAGAAGGCUAAAACAGGUUUGUUAUCCAAAUUAUGUGCCCCAAGUGGUGCCAGCCUGGUUGAGGAGGGCAGCCUUCAGACCUGUGCUUGGUCCGUGGGCUCCAGGUCCAGUGAACGGCCUGUUUCAUCUUACUAUGAAAAAGAGAAUGUGGAUUAUAUUCUUCCUAUUAUGACCCAGCCGUAUGAUUUUAAACAGUUAAAAUCAAGGCUUCCAGAGUGGGAAGAACAAAUUAUAUUUAAUGAAAACUUUCCCUAUUUGCUUCAAGAUUUUGAUGAGAGCCCUAAAGUCAUCCUGUUCUUUGAGAUUCUUGAUUUCUUAAGCAUGGAAGAAAUUAAGAGUAACUCUGAAAUUCAAAACCAAGAAUGUGGCUUCCGGAAAAUCGCCUGGGCAUUUCUCAAGCUUCUAGGAGCCAAUGGAAAUGUAAACAUCAAUUCAAAACUUCGCUUGCAACUGUAUUACCCACCUACUAAGCCUCGAUCCCAGUCAAAUGUCGUUGAGGUUUUUGAGUGGUGGUCAAAAUGUCCAAGAAAUCAUUAUCCAUCAACAUUGUAUGUAACUGUAAGAGGACUGAAAGUUCCAGAAUGUGUAAAGCCAUCUUACCGUUCUGUGAUGGCUCUUCAGGAAGAAAAGGGGAAACCAGUGUACCAUGAGCGACACCAUGAGCCAAGUUCAGUGGACGCAGAGCCUGGAUUAGAAGAUUCAAAGGAAGUGGUGAAGUGGAAACGGUUGCCUGGGCAGGCCUGCCGUAUCCCAAACAAGCACCUCUUCUCACUAAAUGCAGGAGAGCGAGGAUGCUUUUGUCUUGCUUUCUCCCACAAUGGAAGAAUAUUAGCAGCAGCCUGUGCCAGCCGGGAUGGGUAUCCCAUUAUUUUGUAUGAAAUUCCUUCUGGACGUUUCAUGAGAGAAUUGUGUGGCCACCUCAAUCUCAUUUACGAUCUCUGCUGGUCCAGAGACGAUCGUUACAUUCUCACUGCGUCGUCUGACGGCACUGCCAGGAUAUGGAAAAAUGAAAUAAGCAAUACAAAUACUUUCAGAGUUUUACCUCAUCCUUCUUUUGUUUACACGGCUAAAUUCCACCCAGCUGUAAGAGAGCUGGUGGUGACAGGAUGCUAUGAUUCUGUCAUACGUAUAUGGAAAGUUGAUAUGAGAGAGGAUCCUGCCAUAUUGAUCCAACAGUUUGACACUCACAAGAGUUUCAUCAACUCUCUCUGUUUUGAUAUUGAAGGUCACCAUAUGUAUUCAGGAGAUUGCACUGGGGUGAUUGUUGUCUGGAAUACGCCUGUCAAAGCCGACGAUGUACAACGCUCAGUGCGUCACUGGGGCAUUAACAAGGAAAUUAAAGAGAGUGAGUUUAAGGGAAUCCCGAUAAGUUACUUGGAGGUUCAUCCCAAUGGAAAACGUUUAUUAAUUCAUACCAAAGACAGUACUUUGAGAAUUAUGGAUCUCCGAAUAUUAGCAGCAAGGAAAUUUGUAGGUGCAGCAAAUUAUCGAGAGAAGAUUCACAGCACUUUGACACCAUGUGGGACCUUUCUCUUUGCUGGAAGUGAGGAUGGUAUAGUAUAUGUUUGGAACCCAGAAACAGGAGACCAAGUAGCAAUGUAUUCUGACCUGCCAUUCAAGUCACCAGUUCGAGACAUUGCUUAUCAUCCACUUGAAAAUAUGGUUGCAUUUUGUGCAUUUGGGCAGAAUGAGCCAAUUCUCCUAUAUAUUUAUGAUUUCCAUGUUGCCCAGCAGGAGGCUGAAAUGUUUAGACGCUACAACGGAACCUUUCCAUUACCUGGAAUACACCAAAGUCAAGACACUUUAUGCACCUGCCCUAAACUGUCUCAUCAGGGAUCCUUUCAGAUUGAUGACUAUGUCCCCACUGAACAUUCUUCAAUGAAGAUGCAGCAAGUGAAACAGAGAAUUGAUUCUGUCACAGAGGUGAUACGAGCCUGUGCAGCAAAGGUCAACAAAAAUCUCUCAUUCACUUCAACAUCAGCCGCCUCACAGCAGUCUAAGUCAAAACAAUCAAACAUGCUGGACGCUCAUCAGAUUCUGCGUCAGUUUGGUUUCACUCAAACCGAAACUGAGAAUGCAAGAUUCAUUCAUACAUUCAGGAUUAUGAGCAUAGAAAGAAAGCCUUGUAACCACCAUGUAGAUACAGCACCAACGGUAGUGGCUCUUUAUGACUACACAGCGAAUCGAUCAGAUGAACUAACCAUCCAUCGCGGAGACAUUAUCCGAGUGUUUUUCAAAGAUAAUGAAGACUGGUGGUAUGGCAGCAUAGGAGAGGGACAGGAAGGUUAUUUUCCAGCUAAUCAUGUGGCUAGUGAAACACUCUAUCGAGAACUGCCUCCGGAGGUAAAGGAGAGAUCCCCUCCGUUAACCCCCAAGGAGAAAGCCAAAGUGGAAAAAGCUUUUCCAGCUCCGCAGAAGCAGUCAUUCAAGUCCCAGGAUUUCAGACUGAGCUCAGAGUCCAUGGCACAUAAAGAGCUGAAGAAUGAAGAGGGAAAGAACCAAAUGUAUAGAAAGGAAAUGGCAAAUUAAACCAAAUGGAAUUUCUCGUCAGAGUUCAGAAAUUUCAGAUGGCCAGGAAGAAAGGAUCUACUACGUUUUAUCCUUAUGAAAGAAUCUAGAAAAAUCAGAAGCAAGGUAUGGGUGGAGAAAUAAAUGUGGCCUUUUGAGCUUGUUACAAACCAUUGUGUUUGUUGUUGAUCAAAAUAAUGGCACUUGCAUUAUUAGUAAUUGCAUCAAAAUUACAUUACCAUUGUUGGAAAAUCAAUAAAGAAAAACUAUAAUUGCUACUCAGCAAGUAAGAAGAAAAAGUGUUGGUAUUGCUAAAAUGUCUAUUAAGUUUAAUAUUAUUAUAUUUGUAAUGUGGUUAUAUGUGUGAUGUUAUGCUCGGAUUUGAAAUAUAUGCUAUUGAAACUUAACUUUAUUUAAAAUAAAGAUAAGCAGCUUCAGGAUUUUGUGUAUUCAAAAUGUUCCAAAUAAGAAAGGCAUUAAAAGGUAACAAAUGUGUUUGUUUUGAAUGAAUCGUAUGUAUAACUUGAUACACAUAAACUAAAAGUGGCUUUUGGCUAGACUGGCAACAGUUUUCCAAAUAUUUUUUUACUUUUUAAAAAAAGGUGUUUCAUGUUGAAGCAUGUAAGUGAUUUGUAGUCUUAAAUUUUUUUUAUAUUUAUUUGUCUUAACACAUGUUUUUAAAUUUUUACAUUGGAUUAUUUAUUCCUUUAGUUCCAGAGUAACAGUGUCAUAUUUGACUAUGUAUUUUGAAGUGUGAGGUUAUAAAAUAGGAAAUUUCAUCUCUUUGUGUUUUACUUGGCUCUUCUUUUUCAACUGUGUGACUGUAAGUCUGUCAAUAAAUAUUUAACCUCAAGAAGGUCAAGACUAAUAUAAAAUUAGAAAACUUAUUUACCAAAUUAGACAACUGAUUCCAUUAAAAUAAGAAGUGAGAAAAACAGUGUUGGGCACUGAGGUGUAAAUUUUGCCCAGAUGUAUACCCCAUGUGAAGAAUCUUCUAGUAAAAAUAUAUUUGACUCUUCCCCUGCACAUGUUGUAGAAGUAUGAAAACUGGUAAACAUGUCCCCACUGUGUAGAAAUUGGGGCAGAGGGGUCACUGGUGAAGUGAUGAGUGUCAGUGAUGACUGCUGGGGCCCUCGGCGAUAAGCACAGAAGUGUGUUCUGAUAGCACCAAGCUCCCCUGUUUUGGAUGCAUGUGUCUCUGCUUCAGGUACAGCUGGACCCAGGCAGCCUGAGUCACCCUUGCACCAGCCUGUUUUUUCUUCUAGUGAAUGUACUUGAUAAUUAAAAAAUAAAAACAUGUGGCUCUCUGGA